GCCCUAGAAUUGAAAUUUCCCCCAUUUCGUCUCCAACCGCAGCCAUGAAAGUCUCCUUCUCCCUCCUCUCUCCUUCCAAAUUCUUUCCUUCUAAGUUCCAUUUCUCCUUCCUUUAUUUCUCUGUUGACCGAUUUAAGUCUUCAUCUUGAUAUCAGAGGAUGCUUCAGAGGAUGCUUCUCGCUACUACAGUGUGUGAUGCUAUCUUUCGUUCCAAAUCUUCUGAUUUACUCUCUGGACGCGUUUUUGGGUUUCUCUUCGUUCCGAUCGAGUGAAGGGUAUCUUGUGGGUGUCUUUGGAGAUGAUGGAUGCUGUGGGAUUUAACUAUCCCGUGGAUGUUUCGAAGCUUAGGGUUACAAAGGACUCUGACCCAGUUGUUACUACCUCGAUCCAGAGCUGUAGCAACUCCCAUAGACAUAAAGAUGGGACUAGCAGUGUUAAUGGUCUGGAGGAGUCAGCUUUGCAGGAUAAGAUUGCUGAUGCUGAACUGAGUAGGCAUGCUGUUCAGCAAUCCUGUUGUCAGGGUGAGGAAUUAUCUGAACAGCAUGAUUCUAAGGGUACUGGUUGUCACUCAGCUCCUGGUGCUGAAUUUGUUAGUGUACAUCGAAAAGCAAGGAGAGUGUCUAGAUGUAGUAAUGGAUCUUCUAAGAGAUCACGGGUGGCUCCACCAGAUGACAUUGUAAAUUCAGCUGGAGUUGAUGAUGUAAAAUCUGUAACUGAUAAGUCAGGAUCUUCUCCUACUAAGUGCAACCCUCCAGAGAAAAUUCAACCGGCAAAACAAAGGCACAACUUUGGGGGCAAGCGAGGUGAGAGGAGGAAUUGCAAAAUGUCUAUGAAGCCUAAAUAUGAGAUUUUCUCUUUAAAGUCUGGUUUUUUGAGCUUUGGCAGUGGUGUUGGAGGGAACAACUUCUUCGGAGCAUAUGGCCUAAAGCCAGAUGUUCAAGAUAUAACCAAACUUGUAGAUGAUGUAUCAUUAAAUGAACUCCUUGAUGGCACUUAUGAGUGCACAAGUUUUGGCAAAGACAAGGGAAAGAAAGCACAAGUGAUGAAUGGAAAUUUUCUAGAUUCAGUUAGAAAGGCAUGGUCUGUUGUUCCUCCUCAGAAACCUGUUCAGCACCAAAAUAUUUCUGAAAUAGAUAGCUUUCCAAGCAAGAAAUUUCCCACCUAUCCAUCAAGCCCCGUUACUUUAGCAGCACGUGUUGUUAAUGGUGAGAAAGAAGAUUGCUGUCCAGCAGAUCUUUCAUCAUCUAACAAGAUCCUGGAUUCUUGUGGCAAGCCUGAAAUGCGAGCCGCUCUUCUGGAUUUCCCAUUGUGUCAGCCUAAAGAUGUCCUGGAGCACUUGAUGUUGCCUCCACCGAAAGAUUUGGAGUCAUUGCUUCUAGAUGCAGCUAAGCCCUCUUCAUCUUCAAGAAAUACUUCUGAUUUACGUUCAGGCAAGCAAAUAUCUCGCCGACCUAGCUUGCCGCCAUUUCCCUGGUCACAUACUUCUAAUGGACACUGUAGAACCAAUUCUGAUGUGGUUAAGUGUCUAACAAGUAGGACUACAUGCCAAGGUAGAUGGGUAAAAAUAGCAAAGGCUGCCAGUUCUCCUGGAAGUGGAACUUAUUCUUCUACUGACUUGGAGUCACUUACAUAUGAUCAGAGCAUGGUUCCUUUGAGAUCAAAGUCUGGUGGUUUAGAUAAUAGGAUUUUCCCAUCCACCAGUGGCCUUCCUUUCGGGGAAUGGGGUUCACCUUCUCUUGCAACUGAUUCUAGAGCUUCCCAAGUUCCUAUAGAAUCAGGAUCUGAACUAAAGGAUCAAGUUAACGAUGCACGGUGUCCAAGACUACUAGCUGCUGCUCAGACAUUAUGUGACAUUGCAACCAAUCCCUUGAGAAAAAAUCUGAAUGGGUUUUUAAGAUGGCUAAAGAAGACUCCACAAAAGACCAUGAAAGCUCGCAAGUCAAGAUUGAUUGAGAAAUCUGAGGAAAAGUAUUCAACAUAUUCAGUAUCAGGAUCUGUCAAACUGGUGAGAAGUGAUGUGGAACAUAUAAUGCCCUCGAAGAGGCCUAAACUCUCCACAGCUGAGAACAAAAAGGGACUCGGUCAUACCACGUGUGUUAGAAAAGGAACAAUGCCUUCACCUACCCCAAAAUCUAGUAGAUCAUCACCUGGCAAAUCAGUUAGAGAGUCCAUUCUUGAAGCAAGACAUUCUCCUGCUACAGUUGUUAAGCAACCGUGUUAAUGCAUCUGUCAGCAAAACAGUCAGCUUAAACUUUGGAAACUAACGUCAGUUGACUGGAGCAGAGGGAGAGAUAAGCUGGACUGAUUUUUUCUUCUUCCAGUGUAUACAUCUUCCUAACGCAACAAAUUCUUGUUACAUCAAGCCUUCUGUCAGGUUAUUGGCAGAUCAUGUUUUAUCUGUAUAUAUUGUUUGUUUAGGCAAAAUGGGAUAGGUCUUUUUAGGAUUUCAGCUGUAGGAGGAAGGGGGGAAUGUUGUAAUUGAGAAGAGGAAUCCAUGUUGUAACAUUUGAGGUAGCUGCAGAACACUGCAGGAGAAUUCUUUGCAAUGUGAAGAAGAAGAAAAUUGUUCAACCAAUAGAAAUCUCAGUUUUUU